AUGCCCUCCUCCCUGCUCUUCCAUCUCCUUGACCUCAAGGCUGAGGAUCGGCAGCUGUGCUGCUCCACCAACAAGCGCCUGAUCCGUUCCAUUCUGUUUCACAGGACACGCUUGGAGAAGAUGGCAGAGUGGCUGAGGAUCCAGCCCCUGUGGGGAAGGAAACUGGGCAUCGGCUUGGACCACUUUGGUGAGGAGAGAUCCGGUCUGCUGGGGGCAGUGGCUCUUAAGCCUGUUGGAUACACUCAGGUGAUGCGAAUCAAGCCCCAGUGGCCUUCCUUCUUUGCUAGGGUAGCCAAGCCCUAUCCCCGUCAAGGCCUUCUGUCCUCUGCCUGGACCGUUCUUCCCCCAGACCUUCACCUGCUGCUUCUUUCUCAUCCUUCCCCGUCCCCCUGCCACCUCGCCUUGUACGUGAAGCUUCUGCACGGCAUCCAGAACUGCGAGGUAGACAGGGAGACGACAACCCUGCACGGCCAUCAGCCUCCGUCCAAGGGACAUGGUCGACGUGAGCACGGGCGAGGCUCCCGGAAGCAAGUCCAAGGUUACCAGACGCUGACAAAGGGGAGCAGAGACGAAGAAGGAGACUCCAUGGAGCGUGUGGCUUCGCCCGCCGAUCGGCAGAAGUUGAGAGGAGUUGCCGGCUGCCUCGGCCGGCCGGACUUUGCGAGCAGAGCAGCCGGCGAGGCGCCGCCGCCGCCGCCGCGGAGGCUUCGGGGGCUGCCUCUCGCCUGCCGGGCCCGCAGCGCGGCUGGAGAGGGGCGGGGAGGGGGUCGCGGGCGCCUGAGCCGCUCGGAUCUGUGCGAGGGACUGGACUCCGAGGAGAAUAAAACAAAGUGGACUCGGCAGGGAAGACCCUACCGCCGUUGA